CUCAGCCCCCAGCCCCUUGGCACUCGUUCCGUGGGCACAGCAUUCUCUCGUUCACAUAAUGCGAAGCCUUUGGCCUUUGCUGGCCAUAAUCGGCUCAGCCGCCGCUCAGAAUGUUUCUGUCGCUGCCUUGAAUCUGACACCACCAACCAGCUCGGAUGAUAACCUGAAAGGAAAGGAUAAGUCAACCAAGAAGACAACAUCAACCCCGCCACCGUCGUAUCCUGUCUCAACAUGUCCCGGACACACUAUCACUCUGGAUCAUACCACAACAGAAACAUGUUAUGUAACAUCGACAAAGACGAGUACAACUACCUGUUACGAAACUCUCUGGAAUACCACAACCUUAUUCUCUACUCUAAUCUACUAUAAUACCACAACCACGACGGAUACCACAACAGAGCAUGAUACCACUACGGAUACAAAAACAGAGACAACAACGACGACAUGUUAUGAGACGAAAACGGAGCAUGAUACUUCUACGAUUACAGACACUAAGACAGAAACGAAGACAGACACAACUACAGUAUAUUCCACGGAGAUCGACUUGACAACUGAGAAAGAAACAACGGAAGUGACUAAAGAUGUCACUAAAGAUGUCACUAAAGAUGUCACGACUGAGAUAACUAAAGAUAUUACAUCUUGGGCUACGACCGCGAUCACUCUGGUUUCGAUAACGACACAAGUUAGCACGUACACCAGCUAUAUCACCCAAAUAUCCACUGUCACAACCACAGCAUCUGGGAGCGUCAUUACCAGUACCACGACAGUCAUCAAACCAACAAUAAUCUACAAGACGUUCACCCAAACCAUCACCAAAACGAAGCCUGUUACUUCAAUCUAUACAAGUCCAGUGACUUCCAUCUACACCAGCCCUGUCACAAUCCCCGUCACCGUUCCGACUACGAUUGAGAUCACUAAAGUUAGCAUAAGCACUUAUAUUACGAGCUUCACGUCGUACAUAACCGUGACUUCGACAUACGUAACCACAGCUUCCGGAACGGUGAUAACGUCGUUCGUUACUGACACGGUUCUCACUACGAUUACUAACACUGUGACCACGAGUGUUCCGUACACUGUUACAACAACUGUCCCAACUCCUGUGACUUCGAUUUAUACGAGCCCUAUCACGAUCCCUAUCACGGAGAUUUCAACUUUUACAUUCGUCACCACCUUUACGCAACCUGCAUCUACUAUCACGGAUACCAGCUUAAUUACUCUUCCAGGAACGAUAAUAACCGUGACGAGCCUUUCGAUCGUUCCCCCAGUGACUCUGACCUCUUUAAUCACUUCAGAACUUACUCGCACCGUCACGACUGAAACGCCUGGUCCCACAGUCGUUAUCACAUCGAUCUCAAUCCAGCCGGCAUCAACAAUCACGCAAACAUCCACCCUAACGCUAUCUGGAACGACUAUAACGACUACAUUCACUUCCGUCAUCCCUGCGAGCACAAUCACAUUAAGAGAGACUUCCGUACUUACAACUCCAGGGCCUACCAGCGUACUCACGACUCCAGGCCCUACUCAAACCCAGUUCAUCACCCAAAUUGUUACUUCGACGAGCGUGAGCACGAGUUUGAUAACAAUUACUCUUCCAGGCCAGAUCACGACAACAACUGUGAGCUUGCCAGGUAUCACUCAAACUGUGACGACCCAGCUACCAGCGAGCACUGUGGUUUCCACCAUUUUCUCGACUAUUACCUUCACCACAACUCAACUUAUUCCUACCACAGUACUUCGAACCGUCACCGCAAGUCAGAGCUCUUCUCCGGCCUCUGCUUCAUGCUCGAGCGGCUGCUUAAUCAAUGUGACAGCUACGCGCUUGGGGUAUCCUGGCAGGGUUGUAGUCAGCACAUCAUCCUAUCCCGUGACCCAGGUUGACGUCUUUACUAAUGGGGCUGGAAAUACGGUUAGCGUCCGGACAACAACUCGAUCUGUCCCACCACCUCAACAGACGCUAACCUGGGUGCAUUCGAGUGUGACUCUGACAUAUCCGACCGUCUACGCAGGAUAUGAAGUCUUCAGUCAUUUCGAAGUUCGCCCACUCCCAACUGGAUGUUCCACUCAAACAUUAAGCCUGGCACUCCCCGCGCCAACGAACUAUGCACCUUUGAUCAUUCCCACGAAUGCUAUCCCAAAUCCUGCACUCGUACCUCCUACAGUAGUCGACUAUCUCAAUAGCCUCCCAACUGUGAUUGCCCAGCUGGGACAGUCGAUUGGGGCUGGAGCCUGUGAUCCCCUAGUCGGAACGACACAGAAUCCUGACACGACUACCCUUCCAAACACUGUGUACAUCACAACCGUACCGGCUGUCGACCAAGCAACUACGAUAACUCAUGUAGCUCAACAAGACACCACACCAACCAGCUCAGCUCCACCUCCCCCACCGAGCAGUAGCUCUCCAGCCCCUCCACCAUCGAGUGCUCCAUCAUCAACUCCACCACCGCCAACGUCGGGUACACCCCCUCCUCCAAGUUCCUUUAUUCCACCGCCAGAGAGCUCAAUUGCUCCCCCUACAACUGGCCCACCACCUACCACUAUCUACACACCGCCACCGAGCCCGGCUUCAAAUUCAAGCCAGCCAUUGCCCUUUACCGGCGCUGCGGCUCCCGCGAGAGGAAAUGUCAGGUUUGGAGGCAUGGAAGGAUGGCUCAUUGGUGCCGCAGGUAUUGGGUUAGGAUGGAUAUAGAGAUUCUAGGUUUUUAAUUUUAAUGUUGCAUUACGAGGCUUGGGAAAUGUGUAAUGAGCUGGAAUUAAUGGGUACCUACUGCCGAAACAGGUAUAAAUUUAAAGUUUUGUCCACAUUAUCAAGUCUUUCCUUCAGCUAGGUUCUGCUGACAAAGAAGUGUGUUGAGUUGGGCAUAGCUAUGGGCCAGGAAUCUAACAUGCUACUCUUGAUUUUGUGUAUAGUAGUAGGAUUAUAAUCGUUAUUGAUGUGAUUAAU